UAAUUAAUACAGAACUACGUGACGCUUUCAUCAUUAGAUACAUGUUAAUGUUUCGUCAAAAUUUCAAACAUUUACAUCGACUUCCCAACUUCCACCGUUUAAAAGUGAAAAGCGAUCUUCCAAGAAACAACCUUUUCAACUACCCUCUUGUGGAUGUAAGCGAAUACAGAUCUACGUACCUAUCUACAUGUAUCAACAGUUAAAAUAUAUACAUUCGAGGGAUUGCAAUUUAAAUGAAAAUCCACUCUAAUGCAGUUAUAUUUUAAGGUGAAAAAUACACAACAAACUAAUACUGCAAUUACAAACUAUGUAUUUUACUUCACUCAACUAAUUUAAUUGUGUGCCAUUUCGGGACAACACCGUGGUUGUAAUCGGCUAUCUGUACCUUAAAUAUUUUAUCAUAAGUGGCAUUAUAGAUUUAUCGAUUACCGAUUUACAUACAAACAAAUUAAACGGUAAUUACAAAGGUUGAAACUGAGAAUAUCACAGCAAAGAUUGAAUAAAUGGUCCUCUAUUUUUCAAGAUACAAUUUACAUCAUUGAAUAUCGAAACAUAAGAGUGGAACUUCUUAUUUCGACGUAUAGGAUUUUCGUCGAUUUCGCAGCACGUGUUGCUCAUGAAAUAAAUCACGAAGACAGGUUAUGUUUCGUUAUAGUUUAUACGCUUGUAUAAAAAAUAAGUUUCCAAGAAAUUGUUUUCUUUUGAAAUUUCACAGAAAUUGAUAAUUUAUUUUACACUAUAGAAAAUGGGUUCGUUUAAACGAUUAAAUCCAAAAAAUAAAUCGACAUCAUUACAAAAGUCACGUAAACAAAUCCGCAAAGAGCUUAGGAAACAAAAGAAAAUUAGUAAAGCAAAUCAUUUUAAAAAGAGGAAUGAGUUACGUGUUUCAGGACAGCAUGCCAACACACAUGUCGAUAAUGACAAUACCAACGACGAGGUCGUAAACGAUUUCCAAGUUAAAUUUAUUAAGAAGAAGGAAAAAGAAGUGCAUGAGCGCAAGAAAAAAAAUAAAGAAAAUGAAUUUCUUACGAAAGCAAAUCAGAAAGAGGACAAAAUGAUUAGAAAGUUAGAAAAACAGCUCAAAAUGAAUAAGAAAAAGAAAACAACAAUUCCUAAAUCUUUUAAAACAGAUGGUUUAGAUUAUAUUUUGGAUUUUUGUCUCCAAGAAGAUAGAAAAUGUAUAGUAGAUGCAGAGGAAGAGCUUGUAGAGAAUAAAUAUAAUAAUGAAUUUAAAACAGAUUUAUCUAUGGUACUUGAAGAAACUGAUACGGAAACCAUGGAAAGAGACGACGAAGAAAAUAGAAAUGAUAGCGAUAGUUCUACGCAUGCACCGAAAUGUUUUUCACGAAAUAAUAAUUUAAAUAGAUUAAAAAUUGAUAAAGUAAAAUUGGAUACUAAGCAGGACAAAAUGUGUAAUAAUAUUGAUGACACAGAUAAUAACAUCUGGGAAGAUAUAUAUGGACGAAAACGAGAUAGAGAGGGUAAUAUUAUACAUGAGCAUAAUAAAUAUACAUUCCGUGAUACAGAGGUUAAUGCAAAUAAUGCGAUAAAUAAGGACAAUGAGAAAUUACUUUUUCUAAAAAGGAAAUUAAAAGGCUGUUUGAAUAGAAUAGCUGAACAGAAUAUGCAUAUCAUAACUAAUCAGAUAGAAGAACUGUAUCUGACUAAUGGUCGCAAUGAUAUGAACUGUUUGUUAACGAAUUUAAUAUUUGAGGCUGUAAUUGCACGUGUGCUUACUCCAAAUCGUUUGAUUUGUGAAUAUAUGAUGUUGAUUGCUAUUUUACAUGCUAACAUUGGGAUCGAAAUUGGAGCACAUUUUUUAGAAAAACUUGUAAAAAAAUUUAUUGAAAUUAUGGAUGUCUCACAGAAUGUUGAGGACAAAGAAUUAGAUAAUGUGAUUCUGAUGAUCUCACACCUAUAUAAUUUUAAAGUAUACGGAUAUAAACUUCUUUAUCAGAUACUCGAUAGACUUACAACUAAAUUUACAGAGAAAGAAAUUGAUUUGAUAUUGCUUAUUUUGAGAACAGUAGGUUUUGUACUACGAAAAGAUGAUCCAAUUGCUUUAAAAGAAUUUAUACAAAAUUUACAAAAAAUAGCUAGUCAUAAAAACGAGCAGAGCUCAAGAUUUAGAUUUCUGUUGGAUGUUUUGUUAGCAAUAAAGAAUAAUAAUAUUAGUAAAAUACCACAAUACGAUCCUUCGCAUGUGGAGCAUUUGAAGAAAGUUAUAAAAAAUGUAAUACGCAAAGGAAAUACUAUAACGCAAUUCAAUGUUUCCUUGGAGGACUUAUUACACGCCGAUGAAAAUGGAAAAUGGUGGAUCGUUGGUUCUGCUUGGGUUGGAUCGAACAUGACGAGUAAUCAAGACAAGGUGAAACAGGAAAAUAAAUUUCGUUUCGGUAAAAAAAUACUUGAGCUAGCGGAGAAGCAACGAAUGAACACCGAUACAAGAAGAAAUAUCUUUUGCAUUCUCAUGACAGCCGAAGAUUACGUAGACGCUUUUGAAAAUCUUCAUCACCUAGGUUUGAAGGACCAACAGGAAGAUGAAAUCAUACAUGUUUUAAUACAUUGUUGCUUGCAAGAAAACAAGUUUAAUCCUUACUAUGCCGUAUUAGCUCAAAAAUUCUGCGAAUAUAAUCGAAAGUAUCAGCUUACAUUGCAAUAUGCGUUGUGGGAUAAAUUGAAGUCUUUGAAUACACACGGAAGAAAGCAAUUGAGCAAUCUAGCUCGAUUUUUAACAUACUUAUUCACCGAAAAAUGCCUCGCUUUGUCAGUUUUAAAAGUUAUUCAAUUUACAGAACUAGAUAGAUACACCAUGAAACUUCUCAGAGAAAUUAUACUAGGUAUUCUUUUACAUAAAAACGAGCAAGUUUGUUUGCAAACCUUUGAAAGAAUAUCCAUUUCUCCACAACUGCAAACGUUUAGAGAAAGUCUUCGUUUAUUCAUACAAUAUUUUUUAAUAAAAAAUAUAGAUUCGUCUGGUACGUUAAACGAAAAAGAAGUAACUUUGAAAAGGAGAGCCGAAUUAGUGGACAAAAUAAUAGUUUCGCAUGGAACGAAAAUUAAAUUUUGAAACGAUUAAGGUAUAUAAUAUGCAAACACUUGCAUUUACGACUAUUGUUUUAAAUCGAAUAUCAAAUGUUAGUUGGUACUUUAUCGAGUUAGUUAAUUUUUUAUGGAAUAAAAGUGUAUAAAAUAAUGUUUCUUAAUGCGUAAGUCGGUUGGAUUUCGUCGAUUACACGUUAUACGUUUUCAUGCAAAGUUUGUAUGCAUUUUCGUAUUUAGCAUUCAGAGGCGCGCUGCAUCCGUAACCACCUAAUCGAUGAAUUCGAAGGAAGUCGUCGCAAUCGAUAUUUCCAUCUCCAUUACAAUCCUGCGAAUGAAAAAUAUGGUCAGGA